AUGCCGAACAAACCCCCAGCAAAAGACCCACCUCCGGAGCUCGACGCACCCCCGGAGCUCGACACACCCCCGGAGCUCGACGGCCGCGCACUGCCGUCCGUCUCAGAGAUCAUGCGAGACAUCAAAUUCGACUCCCAUCGCAACAGCACCAUCCAGGCCAACACCCGGAGUAUUGGAGGCACAAAUACCUGGCACGACAGCCUGUCCGGGUGGAUUCAUCGUGGAGGCUGGGUGGUGUUGGUUGCGGGGAUUUGUCUCUUGCCUGUCAUCGCCUACUUGUUGUGUAAGAAGAGUGGCGCGCCUCGACGGGCUCGUGGAGACGCAACACGUGCACUCGCAGAGGAUCCCGAAAUUUUGACGCGUCGGUUGAACCCGAGGCGUGAGAGAGGCACGAUGAGUGAGGUCAGUGGAAGCAGCAACAACAACAACAUUUGGGUUGGGAGCAGCAGCAACAGUAUCAACAACACAACAUGGACCGCGCCACCAGCUUAUAAUGAACAACAUGGAUGGGAAAUUGUUGGGUUCAGCGGCAUGGGCGGAGGGCUAACGAAGCCCGACCCUGUCGCGCCUAAGUAUGUUAACGGGGGAAAGUCCACUGGAGGGCUGUCAUAG